UGCAAAAUUAAGCAAACAGUUUGAUUUUUUAGAUUUAUUAGUGAAAUAUGCAAUUUGAUAAAACAGUUUUCUGCAAAGGAAUAAUAAAACUACACAUCUGACGCAGUUGUAUAUAAUAAAACUGCUUUAGAUUAUGUAGUGCGAGUGCACUCUUUGACCUGUUGACACAUGAAGUGCUGACGUCACUGGUCUGUGAGCACAUCUCGGGGAGUUCGAGAUCAGCUGUAGAAGAAGCAAGUCGUACUUUGAUAUACUGCUUAAUAAAAGACCUCACGUGUGCUUUCCCUAAAGUUAAUGGUAAGCUAGGUUUGGUCUAAGUUAUAAUAGGGAAUACUUUAAUGGUGGCAGCGGUGUUUUAUUAAGCCGUUCCAGUGCAAUUGUUGCUGAAAUUCUGCAACUUUUGUUGGCAAAUUUUCCUCGAGAAUUUUCCCGCGUUUGAAGCCACAUUUUUUCGUCAAUUUUUGGCCAUUGUUAAUUUUCUUCUGGUCUUACCAGUUGAUUAUUUGAUUCUACGUCGUAGUCUCCAUGGACUGCCACUAACCCGGCCCCUUCGUUUGCUUUUGUUUGUUUUUUGAGGCCUUUUCAGCGUCCUUAGCCACUUUUCGGACGGGAAGAGUAGCCGGACAGAAGACAAACAAGGUCGGUGGUUGUACAAUCAAGUUAAUCUUCUACUCAGGAGCAUUUGAUUUGUAAGCAUGGCCAGUAAUAAAGUGCUUGUAAACUUCUUGUCUGUUGAAGACUUGCAGACAAUUCCAAAUAUUGGCCCAAGGUUAGCAUCUACUAUUGUGGAUUUGCGUGAGCAUUAUGGCAAUCUCACACCAGAAAGUUUGCAGACAAUGCUUCGGCAUAAACUGCCGGACACUGUCAUGCAAGAGUUGGAUUUCACCCCAAACAGAGACUUGGUCGGCAACACCUGCCCACCUCCUCUAGGUGUACAAACAUCCCAUACCACCCCUCUUGUUUCAAAGAUUGAGACAGAGGUUGACGGGUUUGAGACCUUGGUUGCCUCUGCACAAAAGCAGUUGAAUGACCGCAUUGAUCAACUUACAUCAAUGCUACCUAGUGUCCCACAGCACUAUAAAUCUGAUCAUGUAUUGCCACGCCCCAGUGUUUACAAUCAGACAAAUGCCCCUGUUCCAAUGGCCCACCACUAUAUGCCAACGCCACAACAGCUGAAACCCCAGUACCCCGUUCAACAAAGGUUGGACCUGGGUAGACUGCGAGAAAGCGACAGUGACGAGGAUGUCCAGUCAGCGUCUGGUAUCCCUCGCUCAUACAGUACCCGACAGAAAAAGGUACGUAUGCAUAAAAGCAGUCGGUUACCUCACUCCAAACUCCUGUCCCUUCACCGUCUUGAUUCAUCUACUGAUGAGUCCGACACUAGACAAGCCCCAAUGAUAAAGAGUGAGCAAGUCAAGUUACACUCCUCCUUGCCUGAUAAGGACCAUAUUUCGCAAAAACAUGCGGAAUACCCCCGAGAGGUAGUACAGGCAUCCCCUCAUGGCCACUCUGUGCGCAAGGGUAGUCAUGCAUUGAAGGAUAUACCUAAAUCUCUGGUAUAUGAUGGUAAAUCGAGCUGGCAUUCAUUCGAAAUGAAGUUUCAGCAGUGUGCACAGUCAUUUGGCUGGAGUACAGAUGAUUGUAAACUCUGUUUAUUACAUUGUUUGUCAGGGAAGGCACUCGACAAAUGUGCUCGAUUGCUUCAAUGCAGUCCACAAAUGCCUUACCGUUCUUUAUUGAGCAAACUUAAGGAGCGGUUCGGCUCAGAGUUUCCCGCCUCUGCGCAAGCCAAGUUCGCUGACGCUUCUCAGGAAAAAGGUGAGUGUAUGGAAGACUGGGCAGAUAGGGUACAAGAGUUAGCGGCUGAAGCUUUCCGGUCACUGCCGGAGACCUUCACAAACCAGCAGGCGAUAGACCGCUUCUGUCAAGGCCUGCAAGAUCGAGAAGCUGGGCAUAGCACCUUCAUGCGUAAGUAUACAACCAUUGAAGAGGCCAUGAAUAACAUCAGGUUGUUUCAGCAUUCCAUGAGUGCUAUGAGUAAGAGUAAAUCUAUUCAUACAGUAGUAGAUUAUGACGAGGAUAUAGCAAAUGUUUACGCCGUUCAGAAUCCUUCUGGACUUGCGUUAGACAUGAGCGUUCUCAAGAGAGAACUACAGAGUCUGCGAGAAGAGGUGAAGCGGCUUGGAGAAGCUAGGCCCACUCAACCGUGUAGCAGACAGCAGCGUUUCAACCGUCCGCGAGACGGGGCCCCGUCUGCAGUCAUUGUUUCAUUAAAUGAGACCACAAAUGACAUACAGUCAGAAGAACAAGGCGAAACACCUUCUCCUUGUUUGACACCAGGUACUCUGCCAGCUGAUGGUACAGUACUUGCACCUCCUGUCAAGGUUUGUUUGUUGAAAUCCAUAUCAGCAUUAGCAAAACCGGUAUGCGAGUUUGUUCUAAAUUGCGACGUGUCGGACAAUGUUGUCAGUGCGAAGCUCUUGCAAAUUCAGAAUGGUACAGAACAUGUCAUUGCCUAUGGCAGUUACAUCCUAACGGAAGAAGAGCAGAAAUACUGCACUACGAGAAAAGAGCUGUUAGCAGUUGUAAGAUUUACUCGGCAGUAUAGACAUUAUUUGCUUGGUAGACCUUUUAAGGUCCGGACCGACCACUCAAGUUUGACUUGGUUGUUAAAUUACAAAGAACCGCAGGAUCAGUUUGCUUGUUGGAUUGAGGAAUUGGCUCAGUUCAACAUGGUCUUGGAGUGCCGAUCAGGAAAGAAGUCACAUCCUGGUCACUGCAAUUCAUAUGUAGCUGGAGUUGCAGUUGGAGAUCUUCCUUGCGGUGGUUGUAAUUAUUGUGUGAGGGCUGACAACCAAUGUGGUUCAUUUUCCCGGAAGGUAGAUGUAGUUCCGAUGACAGCGCAGAAGGCUGAGGUUGGGGAAGGUCGCGCCUUCGUGAACCCAGCAUCCGGGAGCGUCUGUCAGGGAGUGGGGGCUACAGCCACAUUGGGUAGUACACAACGGGCACAUAGUAUCUCGUGGCCGGAGGGCUCAACGAUACAGAGUGAGAUUGUGCACAGGGGAUCAGCGAGUGCUCAAUACAUUACAGAGCAACAACACCAUGUCUGUGACAAUAGUGGCAAGCCGGUGGACCAAGGGGGUCGUCCGCAAAUAGAUGUCUCUGAAGUAGCCGUUUCAACUGAGCCUGAUACUCAGGCUUCUCCGACAACAGCAGAAAGCAGGACAUGGGAUCCAGGGGGAAUGAAGUAUCAAUGA